AUGAGCGAAGACCAACAAUCGACGUGCAAAGAGCCGGGCGGCAAACGCUUCUACGGGCUCGCCGAUCAUCCCAACAUCGGCAUCUUCUCAUCGCUCAUCAAACGGAAAGGCCGCAAAUUGGCGAUGGCCGAAGAAUGCAAGCCGGCGUGUAAGCAGCUCGAAUCGUAUAAGAACAGCUCUGACAAAUUGUAUCAAGCGUUGAUGUUUCUACUCGUCGAGAAUGCGAGCCUAUCGAAGAAUUUGGCGACGAACGAGAUUCCGACGCGAAUCGACUAUGAUCGAGUGUACGGCGCGGCCGCCGAGUUUCUCAAGAGUUUCGAGAAGAUUCAGAAGCAGGGACGAAAAGGCAACUAUGAGAGCCUUGAGACGACGAUCAAAACGCUGAAGAGCCUUCAAGACGAGAACGAGAAGUACAUCAAGCAUCAGUUGGAGGUGCUCAAACCGCUUCGAAAAUUCAUCGGCGAGGAUUAUUGGGAGUACGCGCGACUUCGUAAAGUCUACUGGGACGCGCUCGCCAGCUACGACAACUCGCUGACGGUGCACAGCAAAGAGCGCACCGAGGAGACGGAGAAGCAGACGAUUCGCGCGCAAGCGGUUCGCAAUGAAUCGAAGACCAAGAUGAUGGACUUCAUUGCGAAGCUGAUGAACGAGGACAAGCCGAAACACGCGGAAGCGGUGUUGAAGUUUGGCGAUGAAGCUGCCACGUGGCACGCGACGAUGGCCGAGAUUCUCGGAGCGAUCGAGUCGAAAGACUUGCAGCCGAAUUCGGCGAUGCAAAAAAUUAAAUGA